AUGAACCCAGAGGAAGAUCACACCUUCCAAGUUACUUUUUGGGAUGAGGAAUACACGGAAAUCCUCUUUAGCCACCAGAGGAUUUUGGGCAUCGGCGGAAGCGGUUGUGGACGCCUAAACCCCCGUCGUUCCUCCUCCACCGCUUCAAUUUCUGUCGUUCCUCCGCCCACGCUUCAAUUUUGCGCCAAGCACGGUAUCGGUAUCACACGAUUUGGGGGCCUCCGCAUCACCCAUAGGGAAGGCUGGGACGACUGGACGGAAGGAUCACUUCUUGCUGGACGCUGGCUCGGUAGAGCUUCUUGCUACUGUUGCACUUGCUGA